UGGGGCGUGUAGAGUAAUGGACCGAUGAGAAAUCAGCAAGCACACGACAGUACGUUCGUUCGUUUGGAUAAACAACCGCACCUCUGUCGGCAUUUUAGAAUUGACGCCAUGGUUGGGUUCGGUCGAAGCAAGAAGAGUACGGCUACGUUUGGUGAAGGUAUAGGCCAGGUGGACGGGUCCAGCUUGCUCGAUGGCUACGGCGAGCCUACGGCAGCCACCCUCUACGACAGCAACAACCACGACAAGAAGGUGAAACAACGAGAUGCCCACAGUCGCAAUCCAGAAGACGUCGACAACGAUGGAACCAAGAAACCACCGGUGAAGCGCAGUUGGUUCAGCCUCGGACGCAGCACCAAGAACUCUACUCAUCCUUAAUAUAGCACCGUACUACAGUAGUACUCGCGACGAGCGAUCCACACAGGACGACAGUAUUACCACUGCCGUCGACGACUACACUGUAGGCUGCUCCUUGCUGCUGGACAAACAAUUCAAAUCAGGUACACCUAGGGUAUGGGAAAAACAAUUGACAAUUAAAUACAGAAAAUAAUUUAUUGCUCAGC